AUGGAUGGCAUCCAGGAUGCUCUGGAUAGCACUGUUGCUACUGUUUUCCUGUACGCAUUUGAUGCUGUCAUUCUGAGUUAUUUUAUAUCAUUUCCAAUGAUUACAUGCUUAUACCAUCGUCCAGCCAACACAAGCCCCAGGUGUCACAAUCGGCCUGCAUUCAUUUGUGUCAAGGACAGUAAUAGUGAUCGAAAGAAAGGAAGCAAUAUGAGCCCUAAGCACGCAGCAGUGGCCAGGACAAGUGCGUCCGGCGUGGCACCUGUGCUCUUUCCUCGUCGCUAUUCCUAUAUGGUCGCUAACGAUGGCUGUUGCGAUGCCGGUUUUGGCGAUCACAGAUGCGUGGCUGUUCAUCGCAGCUCGAAUUUCGUUCGCAAUAUUAGACUUACUACCACUGUAUAA